AUGGAGGACCCCGAGACGUUCACCCUCUUGGACCUCCACAUGGACCCAACAUCCAAAGCAAUCACAUCCUCCAGCAACUCGCGCACCCUCCAAGAAGAACUCAAAGCCCUCAACCACCUCCACAAAUCCCUCUUGAACCUCGAAUCCCCCGUCCCCCCGCCACCAAUCCCCGUAAACCCAAAGCGGUCCGCAAACAUCACCAAGCUGCGCGAAUCCGGCAACGGCGAAUUCCGCAAAGGCAAGCACGCGGAAGCUAUAAAAUUCUACACGUUGGGGCUGCAAAUGGCACUGACACGACCGCCCUGGGAGCCAAGUGGGUUAAUCAGAGAUGAGGUGUCCGGAUUGUAUGCGAAUAGAGCGCAGGCGCACAUGGCGAUGUCGAAUUGGGUAGAGGGGUCUGUGGAUGCAGAAGCCAGUGUGGAGGCGAAGAAGGUGGGGAAUGCGAAGGCGUGGUGGAGGAAGGGGAAGUGUUUGAUGGAGAUGGGGAGGUUGGAGGAGGCGAAGGAGUGGGUUGGACGGGGACUGGAGAUGGAGGGGAAUGAGGCGGAUUUGGUGGGGUUGUUGAAGGAUAUUGAGGGGAAGAGUGGUAAGGCUUGA